AUGGUUCGACGCGUGUGGCUUUCGAUGGCGCUGGUGCCUGCCAUCGCAUCCGCGGGGCAAAUGGGCGAGAAGGGUUCGGUCUUCACCGGCGAAGGCACGUCGUACGUGCUCGGCCAAGUCUCGAGCGGCAACUGCAACUUCAUGUACGACCCCGGCGUCGGGACCAACUACGCGGCGCUGAACAACGACCAGUGGGAGUCGACCAACAACUGCGGCCGCUGUGCCAAAGUCUCGUGCGACGACGACCGGUGCCCCGACAAGAGCAAAUCGGCGGUGGUGUACCUGCUCGACCGGUGUCCCGAGUGCGUGCACGGCGACUUGGACUUGUCCCCGGAGGUGUUCAAGGAGAUCACGGGCAGCCACCCGUCUCGGUACAAGAUCAAGUGGGAGUUCGUCGACUGUCCUGUCGAGGGCAACAUCCAGUACUGCACCAAGAGCGGCAGCAGUAGCCAUUGGCUCGCGAUCCAACCGGCCAACUUUGCCAAUGGCAUCGAGAGCAUGCGGAUCGCCAAUCAGGCCGUCACGAUGGUGGACUCGUGCUACUACUUCCUGCUGAACAACGGGGUAAACGUCGACAUUUCGGCGGUGGAGAUCGAGCUCACGUCCGUGGCGGGUGAGAAGAUCACGGAGAAGCUGUCACUGACGUCCAACGUGUGCACUGCCGGCACGUCCAAUUUCGGCGCAAGUACGUCGCAGAACUCGGCCAUUCAGUCGGAGCCCCCGAAGCCGCCACCGGUGACUCCCGUUCCGCAGGUGGACUCCCCGACGGCUCCAGGACUGGUGCGUCCUGCUGUAUUGCCGUUGCCUCCAACUCCGCCGAUCGUGAACGCGCCGGCACCUCCUACUCCGAACAUCUUUGUCAAUGGCGUCCCCCCUCAAAAGCAGCUCCCUCCGCAGCCACCGAUGCAGCCAUUGCCUGCACAGCCCCCUGUACAGCCACCGAUGCAGCCAUUGCCUGCACAGCCCCCUGUACAGCCACCAACGCAGCCUCCGCAGCGGCCUCCGAUGCAGCCACCUGCGAUGCAGCCGCCUACGCCCGCGCCUGAGCCGGAGGCGAGCAAUUUCAACACAUGGGCGAAGCCUGGACUGGGGGCUCGGAACUUCAGGGCCGGAGAAGUGGUGGCUCCCGGUGGGUCGAAGACUCAGGUGGCGAUUCUGCAGGCCAAUGAAGCCGAUGUGGAAAAGUCGACGGAAGACGGAACGAGCCAACAGGCAAACACCAAGAGCGGUCACGCCUCGUCAGGGACGAGUCCAGUCAUUGUGACGCUCGUUGUCCUGGCGGUUGUGGGUGGGGUCGCUUUGGCUGGCGUUGCCUUCGUCGUGAAGAAGAAGAGAAUGGCCGACAAGUUGGACGACCGGAACGAAGCGGCGAUGCGAGCGUUCGACACGUUCAGCUCUCCCGUGCACUUUGAGAAGACCAUUGCCAAGAUUUGA